AUGAGCGAUGAAUUGCCUCGUGAGGAAGCCACGACGCCACAAUCGAAUAUCGACGCGGCAAAUUCUCUGGCGGACGCGAGCCCGAGAUUCCCACGGAAGUGGUAUCACGGAGAUGAGGACGACAGCGAUGAAGACGACGCUGGACUUCAGCUCGAUGGAGGAUGCGGUGAAGACCUCAGCUGCCGAACGUCUCAUCAUUGCGCCGCCCUGGGCGGGAAGCCGACGUUCAUGUCGUGCGGGGCUUCGCCCGGGCUUUAUUGCUGUGAUCUCUCGAGGAACGCGGACCCCUUGGACGAACCAAGGAACGGCACCGUGAAGAGUGAUUCACAGUGUGGUUGGAAUCGGGAAAAGACGAAUCGAAUCAUAGGCGGCUACGAUACCGAGUUCGGGGAAAUACCGUGGCAGGCUUUCGUGAAGAUAGAUGGAAUCAGGUGCGGUGGAGCUCUGGUCGACCGCAGACAUGUUGUCACCGCCGCGCACUGUGUCGUCGGACGGAAAACCAGCAAAAUCGAGGUCCUUCUAGGGGAGCUGGUACUGAAGCGGUUCGUCGAAGAGCUCCCCCACGAGCGAAGACGCGUCGCCGAUGUGAUCAUCCAUCCGGAUUACGAGAAUCUAAACGUAGACUCCUACGAUGUUGCGAUACUCGUUCUCGAUAAGCCCGUAGAAUAUCAGGCGAACAUCAUGCCGAUAUGCUUGCCGCAACCGAAUCAAUCAUUCCUCGGGAAGUUGGCCACAGUUUCGGGCUGGGGACGAGUGUUCCCAGACCACGAGGUCAGAAGUAAUCACCUCCAGUCGAUCCAGGUGCCCAUCAUCGGGAACGGGCUGUGUAGGAAAUGGCUGCGUAGCCGAGGAAAGUACGCCGGGAUAAACGCUGAUCACGUAUGCGCAGGUUACGAGGCGGGCGGACGCGAUUCGUGCCGUGGGGACUCAGGAGGACCACUCACCUACCAGAUGAAGGGUCGGUGGUAUCUUGUAGGCAUCGUUUCAGCCGGUUUCGGCUGCGGCAAACCCAGGCAGCCUGGCAUAUACCAUCGCGUGAGUCAUUCUGCGGAAUGGAUCUCUGAACAAGUGUUUUCAUGAUUCUCAACAAGGCUCCAGCGCUUUUGCGCCCACGG